GCCCCUAAGAGGCAGAAGGGGAGCCUGAUCACCUCCCAGACUUGCCCUAGUAGUUCCACAAGGGAGGAAGAAUGAAGCUGCAACUCUAAGGCUUUGGGUGCUGGGCAGGUUGGAGUCACCAUGUGACUGUGUAUGGGGACUUGUGUCUCCUUCAUUUCCUGUGUCAAUGACUAUGAUAAUUAGAGCCAACAGUCUCUGGUUAGUCUACCUCAGAACGGAGACUUUAAGAAAUAUUCCCAAGCAGCUGCCGAAACUCCUUUUGUUUCGGGGAAGUUCCCUGUCUUCUCCGGACUGACAUGGACUGCCUAAUUCUACUGGUGGGAAACAAAACAAAAGAAACCUGGAGUCUGCUCCUCUGUCUGAGUUGACAAGAUUUAAAAGUGGGAAUUCUCUUUCUCUGCCUUGUGCUGGCACCUUGUCUCUUCUGCCUUCCCUUCCCUCCCUCCUGCUUCUGCACCACCUGGGGGGAGGCCUACAUAACUGGCUCCUCAAUGCCUCAGGCACCAUCAACUCCUCUUCCCACCCUAGAUGUUGAGAAGUGAAGACCACCGAAGACAGAUUUCCCCACUAACAUUCCAGUUUCUGAAAAAUGGACAAGGAGCUGGAUGUCUUCAGGAGGGAGUUAGUGGAUGUUCAGGGUGUCCCCCUCUUCUGGAGUAUUGCUGAGGAGUGGUCCCAGGUGGAGUCAUUUGAGGCCAGACCAGAUGACCUUCUGAUCGCAACCUACCCCAAAUCCGGGACAACCUGGAUCAGUGAAAUAUUGGAUUUGAUCUAUAAUAAUGGGGAUGUGGAGAAAUGCAAGCAGAACGCAAUAUACAAACGAGUGCCGUUCAUGGAAUUGAUAAUUCCUGGACUGGAUAAUGGUGUGGAGGAUUUGAAAAAAAAGCAGUCUCCUCGAUUAGUGAAAACACACCUACCUGUUCAACUUCUCCCUUCUUCAUUUUGGAAGAAUAACUGCAAGAUGGUCUACGUGGCACGAAACGCUAAAGAUGUGGCUGUGUCUUACUAUUAUUUCUACCAGAUGGCAAAACUGCAUCCAGAGCCUGGCACCUGGGAAGAGUUCCUGGAUAAAUUCAUGACUGGAAAGGUGGCUUUUGGUGCGUGGUAUGAUCACGUGAAGGGCUGGUGGGAGAAGAGGAAUGAUUAUCGUAUUCUUUACCUAUUCUAUGAAGACAUGAAAGAGGAUCCAAAGCGUGAAAUUCAGAAAUUGUUAAAGUUUCUAGACAAAGAUCUGCCAGAAGAAACUGUGGAUAAAAUCCUCUAUUACAGCUCUUUUGAUGUGAUGAAGCAGAAUCCAUUUACAAAUUAUACCACUGUAGCAGGAGUUCGUAUGGAUCAUUCCAUUUCUCCCUUCAUGAGAAAGGGUAUUUUGGGAGAUUGGAAAAAUCACUUCACUGUAGCCCAGUAUGAGAGAUUUGAAAAAGAAUAUGAUAAGAAAAUGAAAGGGUCUACACUGUCGUUUCGUUCAGAGAUUUAAGAAAUACUGUUCUUUCUCCAACUCCUUUACCUAACCCUUAAAUUAGAAAAAAAAAAUCCCUUCAAACAUUUAGUGAAAAAAAUUCUGCAUGAAAUAUUUCUUUACUUACUAAUAGUAGUGUUUUGUAAUAGAAUAUUCAAAGAAAUUUGGAGUCUACAUAUAAAAAAUCAAUAGUCUCUAUGAUUUAAUUAAUUAAUGUUCUUACUGUUCUUAAAGACAAAAUAAUAAAAUUAAGUUUAAAUCUAUAAACAUACCUGCUUUAUUUUUUUAAGUUUAUUUAUUUAUUUUGAGAGAGAGAGAAAUAGAUAGCAAACAGGGAGGGGCAGAGACAGAAGGAGACAGAGAAUCCCAAGAAAGCUCCAUACUGUCAGCACAGAGCCUGAUGGGGGGCUUGAACUCAUGAACUGUACAAUCAUGACUUGAGUUGCAAUCAAGAGUUGGGUGCUAACUGACUGACCUGGGUGAUGCCUCAUUGCUUUUUUUUUUUUUUAAUUCAAGUUCUGGGUCAUUGGACUUGCAAAGAAGAUAUUUAGGACAGUCUUCAAGAUGGAUGGAUUAGAACCAAAAUAUUCACCUUAAAAAGGCUUUAAUUUCUCUUUGUUACAUGCUUAGAAUGAUACCAGUGUAAUAUAAGCUUAAUGACAUUUUUGUGCAGAGAGUUCACUGAAAUGUAUUUCUCUAAAAUGGUUUACUAUGGAUUAAAUUUUGGAUAGUAUAUCAAUCAGUA